AUGCAAGGAAACUUGCACGUGUGGUUCUGGCUGGGGACCCUACAGAAACUAAUCGAGCUCUGUUUGAUCCCCCGGAAGAGGAAGUUGAAUCAGUUGCAGGCUAUAAUGUAG